AUGCCCUACGCAAGCCUCCAAACACAAUAUCCACCACCAGACGAGAUCCUCUAUGUUUUUCUCAAGGAAGCUGCCUUGGGCCCUACCUCUCCUCUAACGAUACUUUUCAAUAAUGCACCGCUAAAAGGAGAAGUGUCUGGCCUAUGGAAAGUUGGUUUAGUACGACCAAUUCUCAAGAAAGGAUGUUUCAAACUACAGGCUGAUCUGCCGAACUAG